UAUGCAGAACUUGCGAGCUCUUCUGGUCCUUGCUCUUGCAAAAGCUGUGUUCGGGUUUUAUUUUGAAGACAAUUACAGUCAUGUGUAUAAGUACCAGGCAACCUCUGACAUGAUCGGGAUGCACAAUGUCACUACUGUUGUACAGUUUCGAGUCCAGUCAGUGAACACCAGUCUGUCCCAUGGUCCAUUAAAUGUGUUGUAUAUUGAUAGUUUUGUCCAGUUUACAGAACAAGGAUACUAUCAAGAAAACCCAAAGAAGUGGGAUUUGAGCAAAGCGUUUCUGUUUCAAAUCUUACCAUCAGGCCUUGUGGAUUUGAUCCACGUUCAUAAAGAAGAUCAUGAUGAAGUUGUCAUGAUUAAGAAGGUUCUAGCAAGCACAUUUUCCGCUAACGUUCGGGUUGACUUUGAAGGUGACACAGUAUCUUAUACAUCAAACGAAAUGGACCAUGCAGGUGUGUUAACUCACAAUUAUGAAGUACAGCGGACACCAUCCGGGAUGAUCGUCCGGAGACGUCACACCAGUGAUGAAGAUGUGAAACGCCACCAUGACAAGGAUCUCCACUAUAAUCCUGAAGGUACACUCCAUCAUUUUUCAGCAGUUGACACUGUCACUCUGUCUGGUCCACCAAACUCAAUUUCAAGUUGA